AUGGAGAAGGGGGCCAGUGGGCAAGGGGGCGAGGGGGUGAGGGGGCAAGGAGUCAAGGAGUCGAGGGGCCGAGGGGGGCCGAGGAGGGCCGAGGGGGGCCGAGGGGGGCGCGAGGGGGCCGAGGGGGGGACGAGGGGGCGAGGGGACGAGGAGGCGAGGAGGCGAGGGGGCGAGAGGCCGAGGGGGCGCGAAGGGGCCGAGGGGGGGCAGGGGGCGAGGGGGCGAGGAUUCGAGGGGGCGAGGGGCCGAGGGGAGCCGAGGGGGAGCCGAGGCGGGCCGAGGGGGGCCGAGGGGGGCGCGAGGGGGCCGAGGGGGGGACGAGGGGGCGAGGGGACGAGGAGGCGAGGAGGCGAGGGGGCGAGAGGCCGAGGGGGCGCGAAGGGGCCGAGGGGGGGCAGGGGGCGAGGGGGCGAGGAUUCGAGGGGGCGAGGGGCCGAGGGGAGCCGAGGGGGAGCCGAGGCGGGCCGAGGGGGGCCGAGGGGGGCGCGAGGGGGCCGAGGGGGGGACGAGGGGGCGAGGGGACGAGGAGGCGAGGAGGCGAGGGGGCGAGAGGCCGAGGGGGCGCGAAGGGGCCGAGGGGGGGCAGGGGGCGAGGGGGCGAGGAUUCGAGGGGGCGAGGGGCCGAGGGGAGCCGAGGGGGAGCCGAGGCGGGCUGAGGGGGGCCGAAGGGGCGCGAGGGGGCCAAGGGGCGCUGAGGGGAAGCCAGGCAGCGAGGGGGCGAGGGGUUGA